UUCUCCGCUCCUUUGUCCCUCCUCCACCAAUACUACUCGUCCUCGCGCCGCAGUCGGUCCGUCCUCGCGUCCCGCUUUAUACACAGGAUGACUCACAACAACCUUCACUUCACCCUAACCUUCAUUUAACCCAGCCGGUGUGUAACACUGCGCCCCGUGUGCAGCAUUCACUCCCGGGGGCAGCAUGAUACCCGACGCGCCGGCGGCCGCUACUGCAGCAGCAUCCGCGAGUAACGGCAGCAGCGAAGGCGAAAGCGCGCGGCACAGACACCGAGCUCCGGGAGACGCGGCAGCGGCGGCGGAGCAACAGCAGCAGAGCGCGGCCCCGCAACACACAUCAUCUGGUGUUUUGGAUAAGCUGUUUGGAAAGCGACUGCUGCAGGCCGGGAGACACAUCAUGUCCCAUAAAUCCUGGAUGAAGACGGUGCCCACAGAGAACUGUGAUGUCCUUAUGACUUUUCCAGACAGCACAGACGACCACACGCUCCUCUGGCUGCUCAACCGCAUACGACUCUGCAUCCCAGAACUCAUCAUCCAAAUCCGCCAUCACAAACGUACCAGAAUGUACGCCUUCUUCGUCACAGCCACAUAUGAAAAUCUUUUACGAGGGGCAGAAGAAAUGGGACUGCAGAAAGCUGUGAAGCCAGAGUUUGGCGGUGGCUCUCGGAGCUUCUCCUGUGAGGAAGACUACAUCUACGAGAACAUUGAGAGCGAACUCUGUUUCUUCACCUCACAGGAACGUCAGAGCGUUAUCAAAUACUGGCUGGACAAUCUCCGAGCUAAACAGGGCGAGGCCCUACACAACAUCAACUUCCUGGAAGGGCAGCCAAUCAUUCCCGAGCUGAGGGCGCGAGGCGUCAUCCAGCAGGUCUUCCCACUUCACGAGCAAAGGAUUCUGGGACAGCUGAUGAAGUCUUGGGUGCAAGCGGUGUGUGAAAAACAGCCACUUGAUGAUAUUUGUGACUAUUUUGGGGUGAAGAUUGCCAUGUACUUUGCCUGGCUGGGUUUCUACACCACCUCCAUGUUGUAUCCAGCUGUUAUUGGUUUUGUACUGUGGAUGCUCACAGAAUCAGAUCAGACCAGCAGGGAUAUCUGUUGUGUGGUGUUUGCACUAUUUAAUGUGGUGUGGGCCACGCUGUUCCUGGAGCGCUGGAAGCGCAGAGGGGCGGAGCUCGCGUACAAGUGGGGUACGCUGGACACACCUGCCGAAUCACUGGAGGAGCCCAGACCUCAGUUCAGAGGUGUAAAGCGUUGCAGUCCAGUAACGGGCUGUGAAGAGUUUUAUUACCCGCCGUGGAGAAGGAGAGUGUUCAGAUGGCUGGUCAGCGUUCCUGUCUGUAUAUUAUGUCUUUGCUUUGUGUUUCUGGCCAUGCUCAUCUGCUUUGAGCUUCAGGAAUUCGUAAUGGGAAUUAAGGAGCUUCCUCGUGUAGCAAGAUUCAUCCCUAAAAUCAUGCUGGCCAUCACUGUGACGGCGUGUGAUGAGGUGUACAGAAAGAUUGCCUGCUGGCUAAAUGACAUGGAAAACUACAGACUCCAGAGUGCCUAUGAGAAAAAUCUCAUCAUCAAAAUGGUUCUUUUUCAGUUUGUAAAUUCAUAUCUCAGCCUUUUCUAUAUUGGAUUCUACCUCAAAGACAUGGAGCGUCUGAAAGAGAUGCUGGCCACACUUUUGAUUAUUCGGCAGUUCGUGCAGAACAUGAAGGAAGUCCUGCAGCCGUACCUCGCCGAGCGACACCGGUUGGGCGAGCUCACGCUGCGAGCGGUAUGGGAGCUGCUGGUCUCUGCGUUGCUCAAGUAUGGCCGACUCGCAGCUGGGCGAGCGCAAGUCUCACCCAGCGACCCCGGCAUACCCGGGUCAGGUCUACAUGCCCCACAGAUGGGUGAGGAGAUCCCGGCAGAGAAGCGAGAACGCAAGUGUCUGAACGGUGGCUGUGGCGUCCCAGAUGAAGACGUGGAGGAGGAGACAAGAGAGAGUAACAGCGAAGAAGAGAACGAAUCGGAGAGCCUCAUCGAUUGUGGCCUGAAGCUGCGUAAGGUCAGUUUCAUUGAGAAGGUGGAGCGCAAGUCUGCGAGCUGCGUUAACCCGAUGGAGGACAGUUUCAUGGAGGAAGGGAGUCCGACCAUGGUGGAGAGGGGCAUGGAUCCCUCCUCGGUUUUUGAGAUGUGUGACGAGGACGAUGAAAACGGGGUGCCGGAGAUGAAGGAACUGGGAACUGAAACGCUUCCAACGGGGGUGGAGAGCAGCACGUCAGUCAGGAUCAGGAAAAGGGGGAGGAGCUUGGAAAGAUCGGACAGUAAGACGAAGAAAGAUUCGUGGAUGGAUCCGCCAGAGGAGCAAGAAUCCACAACGCUCACGCAGGCCGAGGUGGAGAGCUGCAUGCAAAUGAAUCAGGACACGUUUCAGGACUACCAAGAGAUGUUUGUUCAGUUUGGAUAUGUAGUGCUUUUCUCAUCCGCCUUCCCAUUGGCCGCCAUGUGUGCCCUCAUCAACAACAUCAUUGAGAUCCGCAGUGAUGCGUUCAAACUGUGCACCAGCCUCCAGAGACCUUUUGGCUUGAGGGUGGGGAACAUCGGACAAUGGCAGACAGUGAUGGAAGCCAUGGGUGUGAUUGCCAUCAUAGUAAACUGUUACCUGAUUGGUCAGUGUGGUCAGCUGCAGAGACUGUUUCCAUGGCUUAGUCCUGAAAUGGCCAUCAUCUCCAUUGUCAUCCUAGAGCACUUUGCAGUACUACUGAAAUAUGUCAUUCAUAUUGCAAUACCAGACAUCCCCAGUUGGGUGAGAGAAGAAAUGGCCAAACUGGAGUUUCAGCGCAAAGAGGCGUUCAAGAAGCACGAGCGUCAAGCGCAGCAGCAUUUCCAGCAGCAGCAGAGAAGGAAGCGCGAAGAAGAGGACCGGCAACGUCAGGCGGAGUAUCAGGCCCGCCGCGAUCGGGACGACGGACGUUCGGACUCCGGAGGUAGCGACCACCAUCACGACAAGAGCCAAAGUGGGAAAUCCAGAUCUGGGGGUAGUGGAGGGGCAUCUGGCGGGGAAAAGCCCAAGCGACCCAGCUCACUUCUGGGCAACAACAACGUCAUGAAACUGAAGCAGAUCAUCCCACUGCAAAGCAAGUUCACUUCCGGCACAGCCCGUUCUCCGCAGUCGCCCACAGGGAACGAGCCCAAGCUACCGGGAUUCCUCAGCUUCAAGUUCCUGAAGUCUCCUGAGAAUAAGAAAGAGGCAGCAGCUGCUUCCACAAGCGCAUCAGUAGCUCCUCCACCCCUGGAGCGGUCACAAUCCCCCAACAAGUCCUUCAACCCCAGUAAACUCUUUAACUUUGGGAAGUCAGAAGGAGGGCCGUGCGUAAAUGGGGCUCAGCCCUCAAAACCAGGGGAUGGGGGACAGACGCAGGACAAACCGACCACAAAGUCCGACCUCAAUGGGGUUCCGGAUGAAAUCCCAUCCCCCUGUACAGAGAAUGGGGAAAAUGGAUCCUCAUCCGAUGCUGAGCCAUCAGGCUCUAAAAUGUAACAAGAACACAAAAAAGCACCAGUGUGAGAACCUACUUAGUAACACA